AUGUCCUUCGUUAAAAAUUUUCUCUAUGUUAUUCUAAUAAAUUCGGUAAUUGGUUCACCUCAAAUUAAUCUUCAUCUUACCGAUGAGGUAAUUGAUAAUAAGACUAAUGUUGUAUUUCAACAUGAUUGUCUUUAUGUUCCUGCUUCUAUCGAAAAAGAAAAUAAUAUUCAUCAAAUUAUCUCUUAUUGUUUAACUGAAUGGUCAUCAAAAUGGAAUAUUGAAGAAAAUAAUCUUGAUCAAAAAUUUACUUUUAAUCAACUUUAUGAACAAAAUAUUACUAGUCAACAAUUAUAUCUUUGGUCAGCACCUAUGGAUGUAGUUGAACGUUAUCAAUUCUAUUUAAAUCAUAUUUCAAUUUCAAAUCAAUCAUUUUUCAUGACAACACAAUGGUUCUACAAUUGUACAUUACCAAGAUUUGGU